AUGAAGACUGCUUGUACUUUGUUGCUCGCCACAACCACUUGUGGCUUGGCACUUCCGAGCUCGACCGCGAUGCCUCCGUACGAGCAAGUCGAAAAGGGUUGGGUUCAAUCGAAGGAGACCUACUCGUCUAUGUUUCUUAAUGGCACUUUGCUCACCAAUGACCAAGUCAAGGGCGUCGUCGAUAACCGCAGUGGUCGCAUGCACCAAGACUCGUGGGUUGCUGCUGUAAAAAAUGCUUUGCAGGUUGACGAGGUGAGGGCGUCUGUGAACAGCAUGGUGAGUGCUAGCGAGGUGUGCAAAGAAAACGGAGGUGUCGACUGCUUCAAGAAGGGGUUUGUGAGCGCUAUCGCAGACAAAGUCGGAGCGCCGUCGGUGGAAACGGAUUGGUUCAAGGGCACUAUCACCGAAGAGCUCACUGAGAAGGCCACGCCUGUGGUAUAACCUAAUAUUUUUUAUACAGCUCUUUAUUUCUGAGGAGUAAAAAAGACGAUAUCUAUGUGAUUCUAUGUGAUCGCGAUUUCAUCUUUUUACCGCUGUUGUCUUGUUUGUCUUUAUUCUGCUCCUUGAGGUCAACGUCAUGUCAUAGAGUUAAUGGUAAUGCAUCGCUUUCGAAUUCAAUCAAAUAACAACUUAACAAAACCUCCAGGUGUUGCAGUUGGUUAAGUUCAUGGGCACCAAUGGUAUGCUCCCCUUGCUCGAGAGCGUGCAAAAGAUGGACG